GUCAAUAAAGAGACUGCUAGUAAAUUGCUAUUAGGUACCAAGAGGAGCAGAAGAGAAUAAAAGGAACAUUUACUUGGCACCAAACACUCCGCCAUGUGUGGUUAAAGCAUACUACGAGCAAUUUGAAAGAGACUUUGGGACGUUUAUAAAGUGUAGGGCCAAGGAGUUGGUGGCUGGUGGGGGUAUGGUUCUAACCAUUGCUGGGCGGAAAAGUGAAGACCCACGCAGCAGGGAAUGUUACCAUCUCUAUGAACUCUUAGGAUUGGCACUCAGUGAUCUUGUUGACCAGGGAUUGAUUGAAGAAGAAAAGUUAAACACUUUCAACAUUCCUUACUACACACCAUCUCCAAGGGAAGUGAAGCACAUAGUUGAAAACGAGGGGUCCUUCUCCAUCAACUCCUUGGAAGUUGCAUACGUUCAUUGGGAUCCUUCUGAGUUCGUGGACGAGAAUAAGUUGGAAGAAGAAGGGUACAACGUUUUCAAGUGUUUUAGAGCGGUGUCUGAACCAUUGGUUCUCACUCAUUUCGGAGAGGGCGUUAUCGAGAAAAUUGAGCAUCAAUGCCGAAAGAAGGUUCUGGAGUCUUUCUUUAAAGGGAAUAUUCGUCUUUACAAUGUCGUUGUCAUCGUCACAAAAAAAAUGUAAUACAUGGAAACAACAAAUUCGUGAAAUUUACAUGGCGAAGACCUAUGUGUGUUGUCCUAUUGUUAAGAGGUCUAUAUAUUGCUUUAGAUCCAAUGAUAUCAUAAACCAAUUCCCUCUAUUUUAGUGUGUCUGUACUGAAUUUCUCAGCGUUCUGUGUAAUAAUUUAAUAAAUAAAACUUGGAUUG